AUGGACCUCAAAGCCGAGGCCCACAUCCCGGCCCAGACUUGGCAGGUAGAGGUGGAGAGUGCGGUGCCCGCGGCCCUGGAGUUCUGGGACAAGUACAAUGGCAUCCGCCCUGGGGACACCCUCGUCCGAGUCGAGGAACGCGAGGUGGCGAGCAUGGAUGGGCAGGCCUUGGAGAAGCUGCUGCUGUCACCCCGGCCGGCACUAGGGCCUUGGAGGCAGCUCGUCUUCAAGCGCACGGCCGCGAACCACCUGCGGUGGAUCCGAGAGGGCCCACAAGGCGGCGCUCGGAGCUGGGAGGAGAACCAAUCGCAGCAGGCGCUCUCGGAGCUGCAGCGACUAGCUGAGGACCUCCGUGCCCAGGACGAGCGACGCAUGCUGCUGGAAAAGCAGACUACAUUGGCCAAGCAGCUGGCUGCCAAAGUUUCAAUGACGCAGGAGCGUGAGCAGCAGUAUGUGCGGGCAGAGACGGAGCUGUACACCGCCAAAAGUUUGCGCAAGGAGAAGGAAAGGAAGAUGGAGGUCAUUGCGGAAGAGAUGGCGCGGAGGACAGAGGAUCUGGCUCUGGAGAAGCUGGCCUACGAACACGAGGUCUUGGAGUCGGAGGAGAAGGCAGAAGCAGCCGUUUGGCGAAAGAAGAAGGGCGCCAACCUUGAGGAGUACCUGGAGAAGGCCUCGAAGGAGCUGUCUUCGCUGGAGACCGAGGAGCGUGAGCAGCAGUAUGUGCGGGCGCAGGCAGAGCUGUUCGCUGCCAAGAACUUGCGCGAGGAGAAAGAAAGGCAAAAGCUGGCCUACGAGCACGAGGUCUUGGAGUCGGAGGAGAAGGCAGAAGCAGCCGUCUGGCGCAAGAAGAAAGAGGCCAACCUUGAGGAGUACCUGGAGAAGGCCUCGAAGGAGCUGGCAACUCUUGAGACCGAGGCAUCAGCAGCGCUUGUUCUGCUUUUGGACAACGAGAUGCAAAGCACGGCGAGGUCGCUGGAGGCGAGCACUGCAAGGAUAGACUCGCAUCGAAAAGCCAUCGAAGUGGUCAAGCUGCGGAAUGCCAAGACGUCCGAGGUGGCCGACCAGACAUGGCAGCGCUGCAAAUCCCUGGAGCUGCGGCUGAAGGAGAGCGAGGCGGAGGCUGCCCGGUCGGCGCGGGAGGAGCAGGCCCUGGAGUCGGCGCUGCUGGCCGAGGAGUCCUCGGCGAAGGCCCUGGCCAGAGAGUGCACGCAUCUGCAGGACAUGUUCAAAGUCUUCAAGGCAAAAGCCGGAAAGUCCGCCAAAGAGAUUGAGGAGGCCUCAUCCGGUCUCGGUGAUCUCCGCCGUCUCCUUUAUUUGCCCCCAGCUUUUGCCAUGGCAGUCCUCCGCAGCGUCGCAGUGACCAUCUUCGGGGCGGCGGUGGCGAACUUGAUGCCUCUCCUCUUCCCCAGCAUGGGCGUCUCCGCCAAGUGGGCCUGGAUGGUCAGUCCACCAAAUGGCCAGGCCACAGUUUCGGCUGGCACGAACGGAAUGAUCACCUGCAAGAAUGGGGAGACCCCCUCGCUGCCUUCACAAACCUGUCCCGGGACCAACGAGAAUGCCAAACAAUCAUCGGAGGAUCCGAGUUGGUGGGGCAUCUGUGGGCACGGAGACGCAUGCGCGCAGGACAUGGCUAUCGGCGACAGCGUCACGUGCCCCGGCUCAAGCACAACCGGCGGCAGUUCUCACAACGCCGUCGCCUCCGUCUUUGCGCUGGUCGGCGCGUCGAUUGCGUCGAUGCUGCAGUGA